UUUUACAUAUGAUGUAAGGAAGCCAACAUAGUCGCGUGUAUCUUUCAUCACCAUAUAACCUUCUAUACUCAUGUUCGCGUUCAUGCUUUCAUGCAUCGAAAUCGAGUUCUUUGCCAGCGAUAUUAGCAGCGAGCAGCGAGUAGCGAGCGAGCGGUUGUGCAGCUGGUAACUGUAAUCAGUCACAAUAUGUCUGUUGUGGACAAAAUUUGUCAUUAUCAACGGAAUUUAGAGAAAUGCGGUGAUAACGAAGCUCGAAUAUUACAUUGUAUUUCCAAGCUAUAUAAUCUGCCAGUGACAGUACAACAUCUUCAAGAGACAGGAGUAGGAAGGACUGUGAAUAGUUUCAGAAAAUAUGAUGGUAGUGUAGGUGAUGCUUCUAAGGCUUUAGUUUACAAAUGGAAAAGAAUGGUAGCAGAUGAAGAUAGCAGUGAUGGAGAAGAUGAGGAUGAAACUUGUGUACCUGAUGUUCACGAAAGUUACACUGAUAACCAAGAAUCACCAAAGCUAGAAGAUAUAGGGGAGAACAGCUCAUUGUCUGAUCAAGCAUCAAACUUAAAACAUGUGUAUAAGGAAAACAAAAGUGAGCCAUCUACAAAACACAAUAUAAUACAUUCAUCCAAGUCAAAAUCCGAGGAAAAGCAUGAAAAAAGUGGACACUCUUCCAAACAUCGUUCACAGAGUGAAAAGAAGUCUAAGGAAUCAAAAAACAGUAAAAGUAGCCUAAAAGAAGAAGCCCACAGUUCAACAAAUGAUUAUCCUAGUGGCAAUGAUAAUCCAAAAAAAAUGAGUGACAAGAUGGCUGAAAUUAAUGAAGAUAAUAACAGAAAGAGAAAAGUAGAUAACUCAAAUUCCUCGAUAAAAGAAAACAAGAAGAGAAAACUGUCAAAUAGCAAAAUUGAUGAUGAGAAAUCUGAAUUAUCCAUUUCAGAAAAGAAUCAUUCCCAUCCAAAAUCUUCUGGAAUUGAGAUAGAGGUAAAAAUUAAAGCAAAAGAUGAACAGUCUUUAGCAAGUGAAAAAAACAAACAAGAUGAUAAACAGAAAAAAUAUUUGCAGGAGAAGUCCAGGAGUAGUUCUAAUAAGCUUAAAUCUGACGAAUCAGGCAGUAAAGCAAAGGACAAUAGUGAAAAACAAAAACAUAAAACAAAAGAACAUGCAAGUCAUAAUAAACAUGAUAAAAAAAAGGAUUCCAGUCAUCAUUCUAGCAAAGAAACUUCCAAGUCAAGAGUUAGUUCCUCUAGUAAUAAGGAUCCUGUUAAGAGUAAAGAUGGGGACAAGAAAAAGGAGCACAAAGAGGAUAAGAAUAAACAUGAGAAGAAAAAAGAAACAAAGAUUAGGUUAAUGCAGGAAAUAAAAGGCGAUGAAGGAAUAGAUUGCAAUUCUGGUGCAAGCUUUGCAGAAGCACUUGGCAUGUGCACCAUGCCUCAACCAUCAAAAAAACGUCAUAAUAAUUCGCCUAAUCUAAUUCCUACUAAGUCGAUUAAAACGGAACGGCUGUCACCCCCGAUUAGUAACAAAAAUACGCUGAAAUCUGAGUCGGAAUGUGGCGAAAGUUCAAAUCCACUAUCCCUUUUAGCGCCGAAUGUGAAACUAGAACCACUGAGUGUAGAUUUGUCAUCCACCUUACCUGAAAUCAGUCCCAAUUACAAGCCACUGCCAUAUAUUAAUCCAAUUCAACGUAAAGAAGACGUUAAAUCUAUGGAUAAUAUUAUUUAUGUCAAGAAUCAAAGGACGAAAGUGUACUCUGGUAACAAGGUUGGUUACACAAGUGUCCCAACACUAUACGAAAUGUGUAUCAGAGUAUUGAUAGAAAAUAUCGAUGCGCUUGAAUUCACCGGCGGUGUACCGUAUGACAUAUUAAAGCCAAUCCUAGAACGCGCCACGCCUGAUCAAUUAUUUAUGUUAGAACACUAUAAUCCAUAUCUUAUAGAAGAUACAGACAUACUGUGGCAAUAUCAUUGUAAUCGAGAGUUCAGGAGUAACGAUAGGCAGGAAAUGGAAACGUGGCGCGAGAUGUACAUGCGCUGCUUGGAUGAAAGGGAAGCGAAACUGAAGACGCUUACCGCCAACAUCAAACAAUCUAUAGAUAAAUCUGUCCCAGUGAGAUCCACUAAACUCGCAUACGUGGACAAUGUUGUGAAACCACCGCGGAACAUAUUGAAGAAACAGGCAAAGUAUGGCACGGCUAAUGCUACGCCUGCCACUAUCUCCAGUGUAAAGAAAAAGUUAGUUGGUGGUGGAGCGAUCAACAACGCAACGAAUAUUGCUGUACCACCACCGCCGAUGGUUCGGUUUAAAGCAUCAACAUCGAAUGUAAAAAAGACAAAAGCACCGCUCAUGGCAAAGGCAUUACAGCUAAUAAAGGGGCGUUACAAGCGGUAGUGGAAGCGGUAAUUUUACCAAUAUUUAGAGAUCCAUUGAUCUCAUGCAAUUUCAAUAAAUAGUAAAAUUGUACAUUUCAUCAUCGUUUCGUAUGCACAGGCGUUUAUAUCGUUUUUAUAUCGAUCGCGAUCUCGAUAUAGCAAUGAAUCCAUGAAUCUUUUGCAUAAUAUUUUUUUUUAAUAUUCAUGCUCACAAAAUCGUAUGUAACAAUUUCUAAUAUACAUAAGUAAUCGCAUAUAAUUAUUCAGUUAUAUAAAAACUUAUCAUCUUAUUUAUUCCAGUUGAAUGCAAUUUGUAGAAAGGCAUAAAUAAUUUCCAACAGCCAUGGUAAACUUUUCUUUAGUAAGGAAUUAUAUUAACAAUUUAUAGCUGUAUAAAUUUCUUUUCUUGAAGAGUGUUUUUUUAAUCUUUGUAUAU